AUGAAGCGGCAGAACCUGCGCACGGUCUCGCUGAUCGUCUGCGUUUUCUCCUACCUGCUGGUGGGCGCCGCCGUCUUCGAUGCGCUCGAGUCCGAGGCCGAGAUCGGCCACAAGCGUCUCCUGGAGCAGAAGCGCAGCGAUCUCCGCAGGAAGUACCGCUUCACGGCCGAGGACUACCGGGAGUUCGAGCGGCUGGUGCUGCGGGCCGAGCCCCACCGAGCGGGCCGGCAGUGGCGGUUCGCCGGCUCCUUCUAUUUCGCCAUCACGGUCAUCACUACCAUCGGUUAUGGGCAUGCUGCUCCUGGAACCGAUGCUGGCAAAGUUUUCUGCAUGUUCUAUGCAAUCCUUGGCAUCCCUCUCACCCUGGUCAUGUUCCAAAGUCUUGGUGAGCGCAUGAACAUUCUAGUCCGGAUGGUGCUGAAGAAAAUUAAGCGGUGCCUGGGCAUGAGGCAGCCGACAGUCUCCAUGAAAAACAUGGUGGUGGUUGGCUUCCUCUCCUGCAUGGGAACACUGGGCAUUGGGGCAGCUGCCUUCUCCUAUUUCGAAGGCUGGACAUUCUUCCAUGCCUUUUAUUACUGCUUCAUCACAUUGACCACCAUUGGGUUUGGAGACUUCGUGGCCCUGCAGAAACACGAAGCUUUGCAAAAGAAGCCCCCUUACGUCGCCUUUAGCUUCAUGUACAUUCUUGUGGGCUUGACGGUGAUCGGGGCAUUCCUGAACUUAGUCGUCUUUCGGUUUCUGAUCAUGAACUCGGAAGACGAGAGGCGGGACGAAGAAGAGAGGGCGUCUUUGAGGAGAACCAAGAAUUACAUCAACCUGAAACCCAGGGAGGAAAAUCGGAGCAGGAACGAGAUCCUGCUCCCCAUUGAAGACCGGACCAGUCAAAUGAACCUCAUCCCGUUGAUCCAAGAAGAUGCCGAGAGGCAGCGGGGCAAGUCUUCAAGUUCCACCCCGAGAGUCCCUUCCUUCUGCAACUGCCUAUGUUACAGGCCGCGGCUGAGCAGGAGCCCAGAUCCUCCCCACCCAGAAGCCUUCAAUUGCCAUACGAAUCUCGUUUAUUAUAAUUCGAUUUCUUACAAAAUCAUGGAAGUCUCCCUGGGUGGUAAGGAGCCCACCGGCUUGUCUUCCCCCAGGAGCACUCUAUCAUCCAGUAGCCCCAGCUGCCGGGAGCACGGUCGACUCCGGAGGAAGUCUAUCUGAAACGUGCAUGCUCCUUUGGACCUUUUUAUGGUUCAUUUUUACUCUGAGCUGUGUUCCUUUGCCGAACUUGUCUUUUGAUGAUAAAUGAUUAACUGAGACGUUGUGAUUCGGCCUCCUCC